AGUGCGUAGUGCAAUGCAUGGGAAAUAGCGAGGUUAUGUUAUGAAUUAAUUAAAGUAAUUAUUAAAAUGAAACAACAAAAUAAGUCACAGAAAAAAGGUGAAAGGAAGAAGAAGUUUCAACUGUACAAACCACGCCGCAAAAAGAAUGUAGAGGAGGAUGCGGCCAUUCAAUAUUUAAAAGCACAGUAUGAUAAGAUUGUACCAGAUGAAAUCAAAACAUUUAAAGAUCUGCCUCUAUCCCAGAAAACUCUUAAAGGGCUUAAAGAUAAUAACUACACGACGCCCACUGAGAUCCAGCGACAAGCUAUAGGCUUCGCUUUACAAGGGAAAGACAUCCUGGGGGCUGCCAAGACUGGGUCAGGGAAAACUUUAGCGUUCUUAAUACCUAUUUUGGAAAAUUUGUUCUGUAGCAAAUGGACACGAAUGGACGGAGUAGGAGCCCUAGUCAUCUCACCCACAAGAGAACUGGCUUACCAGAUUUUCCAGACAUUGAGAAAGAUUGGCCAGCUCCAUGAUUUCUCUGCUGGCCUCAUUAUUGGUGGACAAAACCUCAAGUUUGAAAGAAAGAGAAUGGACCAAGUUAACAUAUUAAUCUGUACUCCGGGGCGGCUUCUGCAACAUAUGGAUGAGAACCCCUUAUUUGACUGCAGCCACUUACAAAUCCUGGUUUUGGAUGAAGCUGAUAGAUGUUUAGACAUGGGCUUUGAAGCAACCAUGAAUGCAAUCAUAGAAAAUUUACCCGCCGAAAGACAGACACUUUUGUUUUCUGCAACACAAACAAAAUCUGUAAAAGAUUUGGCUAGGCUGAGCUUGAAGUUCCCUACAUAUGUGGCACCACAUGAGCAGGCAGAAACGACCACUCCAGAAGCUUUACAACAGAGCUAUAUAGUCUGUGAAAUUGAUGAGAAACUUGGAAUUCUCUGGUCUUUCAUAAAAAAUCAUCUUAAACAGAAAGUAAUAGUAUUCAUGGCCACAUGCAAGCAAGUAAAGUAUACCCAUGAGUUGUUCUGUAAGCUUCGCCCAGGCACAAGUCUCUUAGCUCUCUAUGGCACACUACACCAAGAAAAAAGAGAAAGGAUUUAUACUGACUUUUGUAGGAAAUCCAAUGUGGUUCUCUUUGCAACUGACUUAGCAUCAAGAGGACUUGACUUUCCUCGAGUCAACUGGGUGAUACAGAUGGACUGUCCAGAGGAUGUUCAGACAUACAUACACAGAGCUGGCCGCACAGCUAGAGGAGUCCUUGGUAAAGGUGAGGGACUUCUAAUGCUUCUUCCAAAUGAGGUAAAAAUUGUAGAAGACUUGAAUAAAAACAAAAUUCCCAUCAAUAAAAUAUCAGUAGAUCCAUCUAAAGUUGUUGCCCCUCAGAGAAAAAUAGAGGCACUACUCUCAGAUCACACUGAUCUGAAACAAACUGCCCAAAAAGCAUUUGUAAGCUACUUGAAGUCAGUGUAUUUAAUGAAGAACAAAGAUAUAUUCAAUGUCCAUGCUUUAGACACAGAUGCUUUUGCCAGGUCUUUAGGUUUAAUAGUACCUCCUAGAAUCAGGUUCCUACAAAGAUAUCAGAAGAGUGAAGCAGCUAAGAAGGGAUUGGAAGAAGCUGAUGAUGAUGUAAUAUCAAAAUUAAAGGAAAAGGCUGAAGAGGAUGAAGGCUCAGAUGCCAGCCCUGCUGAAGAGGAGCCCCAAAUAGAAAAGAAGGUAAAGAAAAAACUGAUUAAAGAAGUUCCAAAACUAAACUUCCACAAUGAUGAUGACAGUGAUGAGGAUGAUUUCCUGCAAGUAAAGAAAACCAAUGUUGAUAUUGAAGAUGAUACAAUAGUAGAAGAUGAACACAAGUCAAAGAAAAAAUCCAAACCUUUGACAAAAGCAGCCAUUGCUAAGAAGUUACUUAAAAAGAAAAUUAAAGUAAAUACUACAGUGAAGUUUACAGAAGAAGGUGAAGCUUUGGAUGAUGAAAAGAAGGAUGUAAAGUCAGAACUUGCCAAAAAAUUCGUCAAUGAGAAUGUGGGUGGUAUUGACAUUGAGAUGGCUAAGGAAGUGCUUAAAGAGGAAGACAAAUUUGACAAAAUCAGGUUCAGAGAAAAGGUUAAAGCUAAACACAAGGAACAGAAAAGGAAACUUAAGGAUAAAAGAAAGGAGGAGGAAGGAGAGAAAGAUGACUUUGGAAGUGAUGAAGAGUCAGAUGGCCCUGAUCUAUCAUGGCUGCCAGACCCAGAUAAGGUGUAUACAAAGAAAGAUGGUGAUAGUAGUGGUGAUGAACAGAAUGCUGGUGAAGAUGAGAGAAUGGGCUCAGAUAAUGAACAGUCAGAACUUGAAUCUGAAGAAGAGAAAUAUCACAGGCCCCUCAAACGCAAGCUGGUGGAAAGUAAAGGCAUCCCGCAGGCAAGCGUGGCGCCGCGCAAGGCGGCGCGGCUGACGGACGUCGCCGCAGCUCUGUCGGUGCAGGAGGCGGAGGCGUUGGCGAUGCAGUUGCUUAAGGGGAAAUAAUAAAUAAAUAUUGGUUAUCUA